CUGAAGCACUGAACCAGACCACUGUUCCUCCUUUAUCAUUACACCCAACAAAAGUCCAAUUACCAGCUUAACACACAGCACAAAUGGGAGUCAUGGGAAUUUUCCUGACUCUCCACAACCUGCCUCCCCUCCUCCUCUUCCUCCUCCUCAACUUUGUCCUGCCUGUUGUCACCACCAACUCCGGCCUCACCACCAACUCCGGCCUCACCGUCACACUGAACAUCACCAACCGAUGCUCCUACACUGUGUGGCCGGCCGCUUUGCCGGUAGGAGGCGGCAUGCGGCUCGACACAGGGAAGACAUGGACCCUCGACGUGCCCUAUGACACCACUAGAGGGCGCGUGUGGGCUCGAACUGGCUGCUCAUUUGACAGCAAAGGUCACGGAUUUUGCCAGACAGGUGACUGCAGCGGCGUGCUAGAUUGCAGGAGUGAUGGUAACCCGCCUCUGACAGUUGCUGACUUCUCCCUCAACCAGUACACCACUAACAGUUUCUUCGACAUCUCCCUCUAUAACGGCUUCAAUGUACCCAUGGAGUUCCUGCCAAUACAGGUCAAGGGGCAAGGAUCACCAGGGUGCAGCAAGGGGCCCCAUUGUGCGGCCAACAUCACGUCACAGUGUCCGAGGGAGCUGAAGGCCCCGGGAGGCUGCAAUAGCGCUUGUACGGUGUUGAACAACCAGUACUGCUGCUCUGGGGACGACUGUGAUUCCAACAAAUACUCUGCCUUCUUUGUGCGGAUGUGCCCUGAGGCAUUAAGUUACUCCAGGGAUGCUCCCUUAAGCACUGCAUUCACUUGCCCGUUCCAAACCAACUACCAGGUUACCUUCUGCCCACCGGUCGAUCUAACUUCUUCACCUAAAAGUCCUCAUGGAACAAUUGCUAUUGGGGCUAGUCUUGUUCUGGGUUCCGUGGUAGGUUUUAUUUUAAUCACCGCAUUCAUCUCUUACAUUGUGUAUAGACGAAGAACACGACGGCACCAGAAGAUGGAGGACGAAGAGGAAGAUUUUGGAAACCUACAAGGAACACCAAUGAGGUUCACAUUUCAACAGUUAGAAGUAGCAACCAAGCAAUUUAGAGAAAAGCUCGGUGAAGGAGGUUUUGGGUCUGUUUUCAAGGGGCAGUUUGGUGAGGAAAGAAUUGCAGUGAAACGUUUGGAUCGAGCAGGUCAGGGAAAGAGAGAAUUUUCGGCAGAGGUUCAGACAAUCGGCAGCAUUCAUCAUAUCAAUCUGGUGAGGUUAAUUGGUUUCUGUGCAGAAACAUCACACCGACUCCUGGUGUAUGAGUAUAUGCCCAGAGGAUCUUUGGACAGGUGGAUUUAUCAUCGACAAGAAAAUAGUGUUCCCCCCCUUGAUUGGAAGACGCGAUGCAAGAUUGUUACUCACAUAGCUAAGGGUCUCUCUUAUCUUCACGAGGAGUGCACAAGAAGAAUUGCUCAUUUGGAUGUCAAACCACAAAAUAUCCUCUUAGACGAGAACUUCAAUGCUAAGCUAUCUGAUUUUGGAUUGUGCAAGCUCAUUGAUAGGGAUAUGAGCCAAGUGGUUACUAGAAUGAGAGGCACACCUGGGUAUUUAGCUCCUGAAUGGUUGACAUCACAGAUCACAGAAAAGGCCGAUGUCUACAGCUUUGGCGUUGUGGUCAUGGAAAUCAUCAGCGGACGAAAGAACCUCGACACUUCCCGAUCUGAAGAGAGCAUCCAUCUCAUCACCUUAUUGGAAGAAAAGGUGAAAAGUGAACACUUGGUAGAUUUGAUUGACAAGGACAAUGAUGACAUGCAAGUACACAAGCAAGAAGUAAUUCAGAUGAUGAAGCUCGCGAUGUGGUGUUUGCAGAUUGAUUGCAAAAGAAGACCUGAAAUGUCCGUGGUCGUCAAAGUCUUGGAAGGCACCAUGGAUGCAGAGACAAACAUAGAUCAUAAUUUUGUUGCAACAAGUCCAGCAAACCUUCGUAUUGCCGGAAAUGUAAAUUGCUCAGCUCCACUCCUAGCCUCAGAAGUAUCAGGCCCCAGGUGAAGUGAGAUGAUCCUGAGGAAAUAACCAGUUAGGUUAUGCGCGUCCAAAAUAGCCAUGGCCUCGAAUGUUGUAUUUUCCCAUAUAUUACUACAGUCUGGAGUCCCUCAUCUCGAAUUUAAUUUUACUAGCAGAAUGUCGCUAUUGCAAACUCCAGCUCCAUUUCUUUUGUUUGGUUUCCAUAUGUAACCCAAAUUUGUUCCUAGUUUCUAUAGUUGAAAUGAAUAUCAUGUUUGAAAA